CAAGCCACCGCCGCAGGGCUGUUAAAUGCUGUGCCGAGCCACCACCGCAUGAUGCCGGGCAGAGCCGCCACCGCGCGGUCAUGGUCAGGCCGAGCCGCUGCAUGAGCCGAGAGCCAUCCAAGCAGGUAAAUGAGGGUGAAAUUUAACCUUGCAAAGAAGCCAUUGAAUUCUAGGGAGAGAUGCUGAUGCAACGUAAAAAAACCAAACAACCAAAGAUUUAUACUUAUGUAUAAAAGAAAAAAAGUUACCUACAGCCCAUUCCAUAACACCCCAGUGCUGAUCUAUAACCAUACGCCAGUCAUGCCAGGACAAUUCUUGUAACAGCGAUCAGCAAAAGGGCAUAACUGCAAUAUCUUUCACGACUAGAGAUGAAUACAUUUUUGAAAAAUUUGAUUCGGCCGAUUCGUGGUGGUGGAGGUGGUGGCAGCAUGAGGAGAACAUAUAGUGGCUGAAUCACACAGACUUGAGUUGGCGGCAGCAUGAGGAGAUCAUAUAGAGGCUGAAUGACACAUCGUGGAGUUGGUGGCAGCAUGAGGAGAACAUAUAGUGGCUAAAUGACACAGCGUGAAGGUGGCGGCAGCAUGAGAAGAACAUAAAGCAGCUGAAUGACACAGUCUGGAGUUGGUGGCAGCAUGGGGAGAACAUAUCGUGGCUGAAUGAUACAGCAUGGAGUUGUCAGCAGCAUGAGGAGACCAUAUAGUGGCUUAAUGACACAGCAAGGAGGUGGCGGCAGCAUGAGGAGACCAUAUAGUGGUUGAAGCACACAGACUUGAGUUGGCGGCAGCAUGAGGAGAUCAUAUAGUGGCUGAAUGACACAUUGUGCAGGUGGCGGCAGCAUGAGGAGAACAUAUAGUGGCUGAAUGACACAGCGUGAAGGUGGCGGCAGCAUGAGAAGAACAUAUAGCGGCUGAAUGACACAGUCUGGAGUUGGCGGCAGCAUGGGGAGAACAUAUCGUAGCUGAAUGACACAGCCUGGAGUUGGCAGCAGCAUGAGGAGACCAUAUAGUGGCUUAAUGACACAGCAAGGAAGUGGCAGCAGCAUAAGGAGACCAUAUAGUGGCUGAAUGACAUAGUAAGGAGGUGGCGACAGCAUGAGGAGAACAUAUAGUGGCUGAAUGACACAGUGUGGAGGAGGCGGCAGCAUGAGGAGAACAUAUAGUGGCCGAAUGAGACAGUGUGGAGUUGGCGGCAGAUUGAGGAGACCAUAUAGUGGCCGAAUGACACAGCAUGGAGGUGGCAGCAGCAUGAGGAGACCAUAUAGUGGCUGAAUGACACAGCGGGGAGGUGGCGGCAGCAUGAGAUGACCAUAUAGUGGCUGAAUGACACAGCGUGGAGGUGGAGGCAACAUGAGGAGAACAUAUAGUGGUUGAAUGACACAGCCUGGAGGUGGCAGCAGCAUGAAGAGAACAUAUGGUGGCAGUAUGAGACAGCUUGGAGCUGGCAUCAGCAUGAGGAGAAAAUAUGGUGGCAGAAAGAGACAGCCUGGAGGUCGCUGAAAGUGACCCGGUGACAGAGUGGUGCAGUGGGUGGCAAUACCAAUACCCAGUGAUGAAGGUGGGUGAAAAAGGAGAACUUGGCAUCAGAUGUGUGGCAUCAGGCGGGUGAGAGGAUCAGAAUAGUAGCUGAGGCAGUCUCCUAAGAAAGCAAAAAAGAAAGCUGAAGGAGGUGGUUCCAAUGUCUUCUCCAUGUUUGAUCAAAGCCAGAUCCAAGAAUUUAAAGAGGCCUUCACCAUUAUGGACCAGAACAGAGAUGGCUUUAUUGAUAAAGAAGACCUGAGAGACACAUUUGCUGCUCUGGGUCGUAUUAAUGUAAAGGGUGAAGAACUUGAAGCCAUGGUGAAGGAGGCACCAGGACCCAUCAAUUUUACCAUCUUCCUUACAAUGUUUGGUGAAAAACUUAAAGGCACAGACCCAGAAGAAACCAUCUUAAAUGCUUUCAAGAUUUUUGAUCCUGAUACUAAAGGUCAUAUAAAAGCAGAUUAUAUCAGAGAAAUGCUCACAACUCAAGCGGAUAGAUUCAGCCAGGAAGAGAUCAGCCAGAUGUUUCACGCCUUUCCCCCAGAUGUUGCUGGUAACCUGGAUUACAAGAAUCUAUGUUAUGUUAUCACCCAUGGUGAAGAGAAAGACCAGGAGUAACAAGGGAAUCUAUAACAGCGGGUCAACAUUGCUGCUAGAUUUAUUGUGAUGAUCAAAGUGUCUCAAUACAUGUCUGAAUAAUAAAAAAUAUUCA